AGAGACAUGUGCGCACAGUGUGCCAGCAGACAACUCGGAUGCACAGACAGCUGCCAUUUCUCUCUUCUCCCUCUUACAUUUCUCUCCCCCCGCCGUUCCUCUCCUCUCAACUAUUCCCUUCGCUUCCCUUUACUUCUGGCCUGCAGUUUUCCUCAGGCAAAUUUAAAGGCAGGUCCUGUUGGCGAGCGCUUGUAUAAUUUUGGCGGCGUAUGAGCACCGGAGACUCAAAAUCUCACACAGAGGAGCUCUGGGCUCUCAGAGGAAGAAGUAGGAAAAGGUUCUGAGAAAUAAAUCGGAUUGAAGGUGAAGGAGCUCUACGAGGACCAUGUCGAGUUCUCUUUUGCUGCUGCUAUGUCUGUUGGUGCUGUCUACAGGAAGUGAUGCCAGGAGAAUCAGGAAAAGGGGACUCAAUCACAAGGACUAUGAGUACCCCAACUACCCGCAGUCCGUGCAGCACCAGAAGAAUGACCGGUGCCCGCCGCCGCCUCAGAUGCUCCCUGAGCGGGCCUGCGAGGUGCCAGGCUGCCGCUCGGACUCAGAGUGCGAGCGCCACAAACGCUGCUGCUACAACGGCUGCAUCUACGCCUGCCUGGAGUCUGUUCAGCCUCCGCCUGUUCUUGACUGGCUGGUGCAGCCCAAGCCUCGGUGGUUGGGAGGUAACGGCUGGCUACUAGAUGGCCCUGAAGAGGUGCUGCAGGCUGAGGCGUGCAGUACAACAGAGGAUGGCGAUGAGCCUCUUCACUGUCCGACAGGCUACGAGUGCCACAUCAUUAACCCGGGAAAUCCUGCCGCUGGCAUCCCCAACCGAGGACAAUGCAUUAAGCAGCGUGCCAACUCUGAUGGACGAGGGUUAAGGCACAAAUUUUUCAAGGACUAUUUAGGUACCAGUACAAACAAUGCAGUAAGCUAUGAGAAACAUCACAAGCACCUGGGAUAAGCAACCCCCUCGCUCGCCCCCUUUUUCAGACUACCCUACAUUUUGUGUUCUCAGCUCUCAGAUGAAACAUUUAACUAUCCCACCAAUUAUAGUGCUGAUGAUGCAUUUUAUUACAAUUCAGUCAGAAAAGUUCAAAAUUCCUUUUCCUCCCAUCAAAGCCCUUAACUUCGGGCAUGUUACUGUCUCACAGCCAAAGAAGCAUGGUACCUUUAUCCAUUAUUGAUCACCUUUGAGUAAAAGAAGUGUGUGCAUCAAUGCAGCUUACCAAAUAUUUCAAAAGCACAGAAGACUAUUAAGAAAUACAUAUCUCGAAAGGACAGAAGAAUACUAAUAUAUUUUUCCAUGAUCGGUGUACUCAGUGUUUACAUUUUUUAACAUACUGUAUUAUAAUCCUAAUGAAAUAAUACAUGAUGUGGAUUGGUUAUUUUCAUGUUAUGUACAGCGGUAUGAAAACUAUCUGAACCGUUUGUAAUUUCUCACAUUUCUGCAUAAAAUCACCAUCAAAAGUAACCUGAUCUUUGUCAAAACCACACAGAUGAAAAAACUGUCUGCUUUAACUAAAACCACCCAUACAUUUAUAGGUUUUCAUAUUUUAAUGAGGAUAGUAUGCAAACAAUAACAGAAUGGAGAAAAAUAAGUAAGUGAACCAUCACAUUUAUUAUUUUGUAGCCCCCCUUUGGCAGCAAUGACUUCAACCAGACACUUCCUGUAGCUGCGGAUCAGUCUGGCACAUCGAUCAGGACUAAUUUUGGCCCAUUCUUCUCUACAAAACUGCUGUAGUUCAGUCAGAUUUAUAUGAUGUCUGGCAUGAAUCACUGUCUUUUGGUCAUGCCAAAGCAUCUCAAUGGGGUUAAAGUCCGGACUUUGACUUGGACACUCCAGAACGUGUAUUUUGUUCUUCUGAAACCAUUCUGAAGUUAAUUUAUGCCAGUGUUUUGGAUCAUUGUCUUCAGCAUCAAUCCUCUUUUUAGCUUCAACUGUCUGACAGACGGCCUCAGAUUUUCCUGCAAAACAUCCUAAUAAACUUUUUAAUUCAUUCUUCCAUUAAUGAUUGCAAGUUGUCCAGGCCCUGAGGCAGCAAAACAGCCCCAAAUCAUGAUGCCUCCUCCACCAUGCUUCAUGGUGGGGAUGAGGUGCUGAUGUUGGUGAGCUGUUCCAUUUUUCCUCCACACAUGACGUUGUGUGUUACUCCCAAACAAUCAAACUUUAGUUUCAUCAGUCCACAAAAUAUUUUGCCAAAACUUCUGCUGAGUGUCCAAGUGCCUUUUUCCAAACAUUAAACGAGCAACCGUGUUUUUUUAGACAGCAGCGGCUUUCUCCGUGGAAUUUUCCCAUGAACACCAUUCUUGGCCAUAGUUUUACAUAUAGUUGAUGUGUGCACAGAGAUAUUGGACUGUUCCAGGGAUAUCUGUAAGUCUUUAGCAGACUCUUUAGGGUUCUUUUUUACCUCUCUGAGUAUUCUGCGCUGAACUCUGGGCGUCAUCAUUGGUGGACGGCCACUCCUUGGGAGAGCAGCAACAGUGCCAAACUCUCUUCAUUUGUAGGCAUCUUCUCUGACUCUCGAUUGAUGAACAUCCAGACUUUUAGAGAUGGUUUUGUAUCCUUUCCCAGCUUUAUACAUAUCAACAAUACUUGAUCGCAGGUCUUCAGACAGCUCUUUUGACCGAGCCAUGAUGCACAUCAGACAAAGCUUCUCAUCAAGACAGUUCUUACCAGGUGUGUGUUUUAUAGUGGGCAGGGCAGCUUUAAUCGCUCAUCAGUGAUUGGGCACACACCUGACUUAAAUUGUUUGGUAAAAAUCGGUUUCAAUUGCUCUUUAAGUCUCCUGAGGCAGACGGUUCACUUACUUAUUUUCCCCCUUCUGUCAUUGUUUUCAUGUUAUCCUCAUUAAAGUAUGAAAACCUUUAAAUGUUUGGGUGGUUUAGUUAAAGCAGACACUGUUUUUACAUCUGUGUGAUUUCACAAAGGUCAGAUCACAUUUGAUGUUGAUUUGAUGCAGAAAUGUGAGAAAUUCCAAAGGUUCAGAUACUUUUUCAUACCACUGUAAAAUGUUGUCACGAAUUGUUUUGGAUAUAAUGAUCGUCAUAAUGAUGGAUUGAAUGAAAUUGAUUGUUAAAUCACGUCUUUCAUCAAAUGAGGGCAAAUGGAGUGUACUGCAUGGCUGCAACCAGCAGAGGGACUGCUGAUUUAGUCUCAUUAGUUCAUGGUCUUGAUAGGACAACCUGACAUCAGCACAGGAGGUUGAGCAAUUUCCAUGCCAGCCCAAAAGAUGCAGUUUAAGGCCAAGACUUUUGUUGAUUUUUAUUAUAUUCCAUUAUUGAUCAACUAAAUGUUGUAUCUAUUUGUGAGGUCCAUCUGCCUUCCAAGGUUAAGGUUUUAAGGUUGGUCAGUUGGAACAUAAACGAAGGCCAUCUGCUUUGAAAGUAUUCACUUUUCUUCUGGAGGCCAAAUUUCCUGCCUUGAAACCUGGAAUGUGAACGUUUCCACAUGUGGUAUUUAGCUUAAGAUGUUCGUGAACAAGAGAUAUUCAAUAUAGGCUACUAGCAACAUAUCAUGAAUGACAAUUGAUGUAUGCAAUCAGAAUUUGAUUUGUGGAUUUACAUAGCGCAACAUUAUCACCUGGCAGGCAACCAGAAAAAUAAGACUGUGCUUCAGUGAUGUUGCUCAGGUUCUAUCAGCCUGCAGUAAGUAACAGCAGAAUAAGCUGAUUGUCUGUACAAAUUUAUACAAUGGGAUGAAUGUCUUUAACAAACGCCGAAGGCAUGAACUCUGGUGCUGUCUUGUAUUUACUGAAUAAAACACAGCUUGUGAAAUAAAAGGCAUUGUAUCAUGUCAUUUGAAGGCGGUAUUGUUUCCAGAUGUACAGUAAACAGCUGGACUG